GCCUCGACGAGGGAAACUCACUGCAGCCGCCCGACACGUCGGAGUUCCUGCAACGAUCUCCCGUCGCCAUCCGCCGUUAACCGUCUCUCCCCCAUACCAGGAGCAAGCCCUCACAUCGGGGAUACUCCUGCAAGCAAGCGGAGAGCGAAGAAACGAUCCUGUAUUCGGAAACGAAUCUCCGAAGCAAGUCAGCAGCACCAUCGUCUCACGUCGACGCGUCGCUCAACAGUCAGUAGAUGAUAUGGAGCCGACGCAGUGUUAUCGCUGCCGUUACAACACCAACCGCCGAAAAUGCGCCGAAUGUCUCUUUGGAGACAAGCUGUACAGCGAACAGGAGAAGGACACCGUCGUGAGCCGACUGGUUAACGAAGUCCUCAACUGCAACCUGGAUGCGUAUGUCACACUUGGUGAGACGCAUUUCGAGCCGGUAUUCCAAACCAAACCUUGGGUGCGUAUCAGGAUGAACGAUGCAGCCCGGAAGUUGAUAGUCGCUCGUGAACCACAGUGGUGCGAUAUGCCACUGCCUGCCGAAUUGCCAACACAGCCGAAUUACGUUGCGCCGAUGCAGCUGCCGACCAGCUAUCCUGCACAAGCGCAGAUGCCGACGAACCAGGGAUAUGCUAUGAAUCCCAUGUCGCCGCUUCAGCAGAUGCAGUACUAUCAGCAGUACCAGCCGACAAAGUACCAGCCGGCGCAAUAUGCGCAAUAUCAGCAGCAAGCCGAUGCCGCUUUUAAUCAGCCGCAGUAUCAAAGUUACCGUCAGCAGCACGAACUGCAGCCGCCGAACAGUGCCGACAGUGCAGGGACUUAUGAUCCCUGGCUGCGAGAACGCGGUUAUCCGGGAAGUGCUGCACCGCAGCAGUACCAAAGCCGAGCUGCAUCACAGCAGCGUCCAGCCGAAGUGCAGCCCAGCACGUCGCGUGUGAAGCCAGACGCGCGUGUCGGACUGUCGAAGCAAAAUCGUGGCAGACAGCGCGGAAAUCAGCCGAAAAUUCGAUCUGCUAAUUAUCAGCAAUCGAAUACACAGCGUAAGGAGCCGAUUAAACCGCAGAAUAAUCCGCCGAACGAAUCACAACAGCCGCAACGUGAGAGCAAUUCUCGCGAGUAUCGUGGUAACCGACGACCACGCCAGCCGACCAUCAAUCCGAAUCAAGUGGUGCGCGAUAUAAAGCACUACACGGCCGAUUUUAUUAUCUAUAUCCAUAAGCUCGCUACCGUCGCCGGUAUUAACAAAAGUAACGAGCGAGAGAUGAUGUAUUUACGUCGACUCAUGACGUACGCCGUCGCUAUCCUGGAGAAAACCGGGUUAGGAAACCGUAUGAUGGAAUUUGAUUAUUCCACAGUCGAUUUGUCGCGUUCUCUGCAAAUCCGGAGUUAUGCAACCAGCCGCCGAAGUAAUUUGCGUUCAGUGCUUGAUCGUAAGCACUUAUUUACGCCGUUCACAGCCGUCGAUAUUGAGGUUAUUUCUCAAUUUCGAAUUUACGGGGACGCUACGUCGGAGAAAUUUCUUAUGCAAUUUGUACUCCCCCAAGCCGAUCCUGCAAAAUUUUAUUUCUUCUGCAAGGUAGCCGAUUUUAUGAACUACGAGUUAGACCAACGGGAUAUCAAAUGGGAAACGAUCCCAUAUAAUUCCGGAUUAAAAGCCGCCGUAUUAAAUAUGUUAGCCGCGCUACUUGGUAGCCACAGCGCCCAUAAAGCAGUUUAUGGUGCCAUUAAUCGGCCGGAGUACGCCCAGAUCACUGAUUUAAUUGGGAUGCUGGGUGCGCCGCUAACCGAACCACAGGAAGAGCAGGUGUUAAAAGACACCAUUGCCGCAGCCGGCCCUGUCCAUAUGGACAUUGAUCAGCCGGAGGAAAGUCGUUGUUAUGACGACAUCGACGAUCGUAUGAAGCGUUAUGGCCAGCGUAAACAACAGUACGAUAUGGGCCAGAGUUAUAAGAAAAGGCCGCUACCAGAUUCGCCGGAUACUCCUACGGGAAGUAAAACCGUACAGCCGGAGCAGAAAUUCCGUAAUAAUCGGAAUAAACAGUCGGGUGAUACUGCGACGCCGCAAUUGGGAGUGAUGGGUGGGAAACAGCCUGUCAAGCCGACUCCUCCCAUUGCAAAGCCGAUUAUAAUUCCUGUAGUCAAGCCGAAUUUGCCAUUAGCAAAAUUCGGGUCUGCCCCGUCGUUGUUGGACACGACCACGGUCAAGUCCACAGGUACGAGUACUGAGCCGAAUAAAAAUAAGAAUGUAGUAAAAGCCGCUAAUAAAACGGGUGUUGCAGAAAAGACACAGCAGUUGCCAGCUGUGCCCGCACCUGUGCCGCCGAUCUCAACUGUUCUGGUUGAGCAGCAACAAAUUAAUGUUGCACAGCCGACUUUAAUAGAAGUGCCGAGAGUUCCAGGGGAAGAGCAGUCAGCGAGUACUGCACAACCGCCGCAGGUGUAUACAGUACCUGUGUUUCCGCCGACCCGUGAGACCUUCGACGAGAAGGAACUUGCGAAAUUGCCGUUAUCCCGAAUGAAUAAAGCCGAACGUGAUUUUUACGUUACGACACAGUCGUACCAAGACCACGUUGAGCCGUCGUCUAAUGAGUAUGUGGAAAACAUGCUCGUCGAGCUGAGAAAGAAAACGCUCAGACAAAUGACCGAUCCCGGAUAUAUGUUCUUUAUUCGGUAUGAAAGUCCGGAGCGAUUACCUGCUUGGACGGGUAGAUCGCCAGAAAAGCCGAUCGCGCCGCAAGGCGACGAAGCCGAUGUUUUCCACGAGACAGUGGAAGAAUUGCCGUUGCAACAUGCACUCUCCGAAGCCGUAGGCGAUGCUUUACACGCAGUCGCCGGGGCUGCCACAGCCGAUUCUAUUUCUGACACUGCUGCCGCUGACGCUGACACCGACAUGUUGAACGAUGCGUGAGCGAUGCUGCCGAAAUGCUGAUAUGGAGGACAAGUGAUUCUCCAAGCUGAAUUCAUUAUGGAAUGGAUCUCAUCAAAAUCGCCAAAUUUUUUGUGAUUUUUUAACGUAGUAUAUGCGCCGCAAAUUGUGUUCGGUCGCAUUUUGCUCAUUUCUUGUGUUGUUUGUUCGAUUUGGUGUGUCCUCGCGGGAGCUCGGAGUUCCGUCCCGUGGCAUGCUAGGAGGCCGGUGCCACCGCCCACGAUGGUGGGGCUGCGUGGAUGCCGCACCGUCUCUCCGAUCUGUUUUUUCCAAUUCGACUGUGCAUUAAAAAUGCACAGCCUCACUUCUGAUUUUGCCUUCUCCCAGCCAAAAAUAUCUUGACUGGUCGAUUCUGUUUUCUUCUUGUUCCCUUUCUGGGUUUUCUGAUCAUCCUGCGGAUGGUCUAGAUUUGUCGGGCAUUGUGCCUUUAUUAAAAAUUGCCAUUUUUAAUAAAGUUCUUUUGGUAGCGCGGUCGCAUUUCCUUCGCACAUCUGUGCAUCGUUAUCGCCACGCUUACAACAAGCAUUUUCUGAUGAAAUACAGCUAUCUGUAAUGGCAUGUAAUACUUGACCUCAGUGGGGUGGCGCUUGAUUUCCUGUCAAGUUAUUCUAUGCGAUGGAGACAAGA